AUGUUCCGAUAUCGUGAUGUCAGUAAUCAAUUCACUAGACAUUAUGAUUUCAAAACGCAUUACUUUUCUGUUCAAAAAUCAGUAAAUUCUCAUGUCCAAUUAAGUCUUAAAUAUGAACAAUUGAAAGCACCUGAGAUUCAUUCCACCUUGAUGAAACCCAUGACUGAAGAAAUAAUAAGAAUAUCAGAAUUAAAAGAAGAGGGCCACCAAAAAGGUCCUAACAAUGUGAUAUUUAUAUUGUUGCUUCUACGAUAUGAAUUCUUGAUACAGUCAGAGAAUAAUCUUAUUUGCUACGAUUUACUAAUUGCCAAAGCUAAUGUAUGCGAAUUAUUGGCUAUUAGGAUGCUUCGAGAAUAUAAAUCAAUCCAGAGGAUUAAUGUACUAUUUAUCAAACCUUUAAGUGAGAUGAACCCUACUUAUAAUUUUAAUACCCUUGAGUUGUGUGUAUUAUCUGAUUCCAAGAAAUUUCUUUCGCAGCCUGCAAUCGUAAGAAUCUUGGAUCGCUUUCAUAAUGGAGAGUUAACAAAUACGGAGGGAAUUUUCAUUGAUGCCGAGAAAGGUCUACUAGAUAGUGACGGCAUUGCAAGCUAUAAGUUCAAUCAUAUAUCCUUUGGGAAAAUAAUUCAAAGAUCUAAAACUGUACCGAGUAUUGAUCGUAGACUGGAAAUUCACGAAAAUGAUUAUUUGGCACUACGUGGAUUUCUUGUUGAUUAUGCUAAUCGAUUCAUGCUUCUUACACAGGGUGAGAUUUUGUUUAAUAUGGUAAAGAUCUUCUUUGGAUUUACACCCUCCGUAUGGAAUAACUGGGAACACUACAAAACAUCAGGCAAAGUGAUUCAAAUGGGGUAUUUAUUUUUGAUACAAUUUAUUAUAGGGACAAUAUUGGCAAUCUGUUUGAGUGGAAUAUUUGCCAAAGUGAGAGAAAAUAAUGAAGAUGAAUUUAAUUUCUUUAAAGCUACCAAUUUGGUUGUUUAUCUCAAGAUGGCGAAAUUGAAUAAACUGAAAUCAUUGGUUCACGAAACAUUAACUACAUUUAAACUUCCAAUCAUAUGCAUUAUAUUCGUGUACGAGCUCGUAGUUUCAAAGUUCAGAUCUCAAAAUAAAUCAUCAAGUAAAGAAUUGAAAAAUUUCCAAUUCAUCAAGCCAGAGGCAGAAAAUAGGUCUGACGAUAGAAGACGCUCUUAUGCUUCCACCAGAAGAUACAGCAACAAACCCAACAAAUACCAAUCAUUAAGUUCGAUAGGGCAUAAUUUACGAACAGCAUCUAAUGAUUCUUUAUUUAUCAGUGAAUUAUUGAAUAAUAAAUAUGGAAAGAUCCGCAUAGAAAAACCGAAACCAAUCGACACCACGACGAGUCAUACUCCAUCCAAAGCAUCGAUAAUAUUUGGCACCCCUAGACAGAGACAAUUUUUCCCUCCUCCACGUACACUGCUGCAAAUGUCCGAAACCACUACCAACGACUUGGUUAAUCGUCUUGUUGCUCUUGAAUCAUUAAUGGAAGAACAUUUUUCCAAUAAGUCAGUAUUGGCAUAUAACAUACACCAUAAUGAUCAGAUACCUGAUAUUGAAGUAAGCAUGGAUGAAGAUGUUUUUGAAGAUAUGGAUACUUCUAUAAUUAGUCAUAAGGAUGUGAUUUUGAGUGAUUCUACGAUUGAACAAUAUAAUGAAAGUGAUGAUACAUUUUGA